AUGUCAUUUGGUGUCGGCGUCGGAGAUGUUGUUGUCACCGGCAAAGGCAUUUGGAAAGUCAGCACUCUUCUCCAUGGGGAGGCAGUUGAUGAGUUUGGGCGUUUUGAAAGAGUACACCGCGACCUCGAGAAGCUGAGUAGGUUUAUUGCAUCUUCCUCCUACGACCCACAACAUAAGAAGCUGUUUCGACGAGAAUCUAGGGAAAUCAACCGACUACUGAUUGAGUUUCAUAAGAAGAUCAGAAAACUCCGCCCUUUCCUAGGCCGACAUCGCGAGACGAAUAUACGAGGCUGUCUUCAAAAGAUCAAGUGGCCUUUCCACUCAAAGAAGCUCGAACAAAUUCGACAGGACCUUUUGUCUCAAUUGAAUUAUAUUACCAUGAAGCAGCAAUUAUUUCCAAAGCCUUUCAUGGAAAAUUUCUUUAUGAGGAACAGUUUUGAUCUUGAGGACCCAUUCGGCGUCUUUCACAGGUUUGACUUCUUUUCUGCCAGCUCCUGGGAGGCACUACAUCAAAUCCUUCUGCAAAUGUUUCCUCCGGGCCAUCAUGGACACGAGAUUAUCCAGAACCACCGCUAUCUUUUGCACAGAAGUCAGUCUUUUUCAGAGAUUCUGUGCAAUAGCCCCGGCAUCAGGCCCAUUCAAGAUGUUAUCAAGUGUCGAGAGCUCGUAUUAAUGAGUGCGAUCUUUCCGAAAUUGGGAAGUCACGACACAGAGUGUCCUGCAUGUCGUCGCAAGAGAGUCGCAAAUUUUCAUGGUCAAGCCUUAGAAUGUGCCAACAGGAGGUGUGGAUUAUGGCUUCGCUUUCAUGAUUCAUAUAACGGCCAGCCCGAUCCGCUCACUCAAAUUGCUCUUAACAACAUAAAGUCAAGUGGGAGGGCGGCAUUCACGUUUCGUUUCUUAGGUCCAGCAGACCAAGCGAAAACCAUUAGGGAACUGAUCCUUGACAGAAUUACACAAAUUGGCCCCGUUCCGCAGAGUCAAUCAAGGGCAAGAACACCCAAGAUAAGACACUUUCGCAGAGUGACACUUUGCACUUCACAAUGGCCUGAGUUCUCUCACAACAGGACAAGGGAGGUGGCCAAGAACCGGCUGAGAAGAACUACACAAGGUCUUCAACGCACGAAGCAAGUUCUAGCCUCCGAAGAUCUUCCAUUUGCAAAGGCCGCGGCAUUGGUCAACACCCGUUUCUGGCACGGUCGAAGGGAUCAAGCUUUAUCAAGAUUUGUUACUUCAGCGCUUCAAGCGUUGACUAAUAGCGUGCCUCUUGCUGUUUGGUCGCAGGAUGAUACACGACUUCUGGAUGACGUUGGCUCUGGACUGGAAGCUGGCACAUUUAGCUUUGUUACGGAAUACUUAGAAGCCAGGUGCUUUCUUUGGAUUUUUUGGGAGGUGUUGCAGCUCGAAGCGAAAGUUCUUUCCUCCUGCGCAAAGCUGCUAGAUACCUGGACUUGCCCAGACAACUUUACAAGGCAGAAAACACCUCUGGCUGACAAGAUCUUCAGUUUCCCGCAUAUAGCUCUUCUGGUCCCUUGGAGACUUACAUUUGAUCUGGUUGACGACAUCGUGGAGUGGCUUGGUGAAAGACGACCACUAUACCUCCCUGCCGCCAUUCAACAAUUGAUCAUGAGAUCCGGAACCAUAUCGCUCCAAUAUUACCUCCACGGCGAGCUAUCCAACUAUACUCCAAUCUACCGAAGUGAGCACGAACGGCUCAUACUAAUGGAUCGACUGUGUCUAGAUUGGAUGGAAGAAGCACUACAGUCAGGAGGAGAGACUAUUAGCCAAGACCUCACUAGGGUGCAACUUCAGUCUUUAAUGGAAGGAGGCUAUAUCUAA